AGAAGCAGACGCUGCUCUUAUCAGCCAUCUCGUUAGCUUGCUAGCCAACAUAGCCGAAACAUUUGAGCCCUUUAGACACUUUCAGUGACGGUCAGCCACUGUGUUUCAACUUUAAACCCACUUCUGUCGUAUCUACUAGUUACCCCAUUUACUGUCAUAUGUACGCUGUUGCUGUUCGUUAGCUAGCUGGCUUGUUAAAUUGGCAGUAGCACUAGGCUCGUCGCUAAUUCUAACUAGCUAGCUAAGUGACAUCCUCGACCACGAGUUCACUGAGUUACUUGCACCCUGCUGAAGAAGAGAAGGCAUGCUGGGCGGAGGAAGAAGCUGGAGAGGAGGCUGUUAAACAAGAAGUAGAGGAUGAGGCUGUUUCAGUAGACAUUUCAGUGAAAGAAGAGGAAGAAGCUUUCAGAGUGAAAGAGGAGGAUGUUCAUGUGAAAGAAGAAGAGGAGGAUGCAGUUUUUGUAGUGAAAGGAGGAGGGGGAGGAUGACUGACAAAUACGUUUUGGAAUUGAAGGAGGGGGAGAUUGUCACAUUAGAGGAGACUGGAGAUUUAAUGAACACCAGAGAGAGGUCAGACUCUCACUCUGACAGCGGGAAGAGUCCUUCAGGGGAACCAGAGACGCCCAAACCAGCUGGGCGACACCACACCUCCCAUUGUGGAAAGAGUUGUAAGAGGUUAUGGGCACUAAAAGAGCAUGGGAGAACACACACAGGAGAAAAGCCUAACCACCGCUCAGACUUUGGGAAGAGGUUUUGCCAGAUAGACAGCCUGAAACGACAUAAGAGAAUACACACAGGAGAAAAUCCUCACCACUGCUUCCAGUGUGGCAAGGGUUUUACCCGUUUAUAUUACCUGAAAAUACCUGAGCGAAUACACUCUGGAGUGAAGCCUCAUCACUGUUCCCAAUGUGGACAGAGUUUUACCCAUUCAGGUAGCCUGAAAAAACACGAGAAAACACACUCAGCAGAGAAGGCCUACCACUGCUCCCAGUGUAGAAAAAUAUUUAUCAGUUUAUGGCACCUGAGAACGCAUGAGAGGGCGCACACAGGAGAGAAGCCAUAUAACUGUUCCCACUGUGGAAAGAGUUUUACCCGGUUAGGGAACCUGAGAACACAUGAGAGGGCGCACACAGGAGAGAAGCUUUAUCAUUGUUCCCACUGUGGAAAGAGUUUUACCCGGUUAGGGCACCUAAGAACGCAUGAAAGGGCACACACAGGAGAGAAGCUUUAUCAUUGUUCCCACUGUAGAAAGAGUUUUACCCGGUUAGGGCAACUGAGAACACAUGAGAGGGCACACACAGGAGACAAGCCUUACCACUGUUCCUAUUGUGAAAAGAGUUUUACCCGGUGGGGGAGCCUGAAAAAGCAUGAGUGGAUACACACGCGUGAAAAGCCCUACCACUGCUCCUUGUGUGGAAAGAGUUUUACCCAGUUCGGAAACCUGAACCAGCAUGAGAGAACACACACAGGAGGGGAUAAGGCCUACCACUGCUCCCAGUGUGAAAAGAGUUUUACCCAGUUCGGAAACCUGAACCAGCAUGAGAGAACACACAGGAGGGGAUAAGGCCUACCACUGCUCCCAGUGUGAAAAGAGUUUUACCCGGUUAAGGCAUCUGAAUAAGCACGAAAGAAUACAUACACAGGAGGAGAAGACAUACCACUGCUCUCAAUGUGGAAAGACAUUUUCCCAGUUCGAGGACCUGAAAUCACAUGAGAGAAUAGAGAGGCUGUGUUCUGACUUAUGUUUUUGAUUGAGAAUGUGUUUUUGUUUAUGCCACACUAAACCAAAUUGUAUGUAUGAAAGCUUUCGGAAAAAAAGAAUAGAUUUACUUUUACAUUUUUUAUCGAGACCAUGAUCAUAUAUAAAACCUGAUAUUAACAUUUUGUUUUGAUUGGGAACUUUGAUUGAUUGGAUAGUAUCACGCCUUAGAUGUUCAUUUUAUGAUUUUUGGGAUAUUUCAAAAUGUAAAUAAUUAAGUAGAUUUAUUGGAAGUUGCAUUUGUUUGUUUUAACCUUAAUCUCUUGAAUGUAGAUUCAUUUAAUUCAUUUGUGUACGAUUCAUCAAGCUAAAAGGUGUAUGAAAAUGUGAUGACGUAGUUCUGAUGCCAUUAAGUUGUUGACAUGAAAAACAUUCACCACCUCGUGAAUAUUCCCAUUAGCAUUAUUCCACCAUGUCAGAGAAAACUCAGGUGUUGAUUGUAAAAAAGGAUUUGAUUAAUGCAACAUAUUGUGUUUGAAAAAAAUUAACUGUUGAACACCAAUAGGUCAUUAUAUACAUCUACAUGAUGUAUUGUUACACCAUGUAGGAGCAGUAUAGACCUAGUCUGUUCAUUAUAUACAUCUCCAUGAUGUAUUGUUACACCAUGCAGGAGCAGUAUAGACCUAGUCUGGUCAUUAUAUACAUCUACAUGA